AUAGAAUACAUAUAGACCGGAACAUAAGGUAACUGAUUAGUCAUGGAUUAGACAUUAGACAGACAAGACACAUGUUGUAUAGUUGUGCUAGUGUGUACAAUAAAGAAGCAUAAAAGGACAUGCUUUGGACGGACAUUAUGAUUUAUAAUUAUUAGUACACGUUAUCACAUAUUGGCGACGAGGAUAAUUGGAAGAAAAUGACCAGCGCUUGACUGAGGAUGACGGUGGAUUGAACGAGUGGCGAACGAAAGACGAGAGGUGCUAACAAAAGGGUGGACACAGGACCGGAGCACGUGAAACGAAGAUGAAUGUGACGGUAGGGAAUCUGUCAGCAUUUGACUCGAAGGAGCAGACUUGGGAAGAGUACUGCGAGAUUCUGGAUCAGUUUUUCGAAGCUAAUGGCAUUGAUGAUGGAGAUAAGCAAAGAGCUGUCCUCAUUAGCGUUGUGGGACCAGCCACAUACAAGCUCAUACGGAACUUGGUGAGUCCAGAUAAGCCCAGCACUAAAACGUAUGACCAAAUAGUAACCAUAAUGAAAGACCACUUCGAUCCCAAGCCAAGCGAGAUUGUACAGCGAUACAAAUUUGACUCUCGUGUCCGUCAGCCUAGUGAAACUGUGAGUGCAUAUGUAGCCGAGCUGAGACGACUAGCUCAUGAUUGUAACUUUGGCACUACACUGCAGCAAAUGUUACGAGAUCGCCUCGUUUGCGGCAUCAAUGAUGAUCGGAUUCAAAGGCGUUUAUUGUCCGAACCAGAUUUAACGUUCGAGAAGGCAUUCGAAAUGGCCGUAGCCUCCGAGACCGCCAGUAAAAAUGUGCAAGACCUUCACGCCAAAGCACCGUUGGCUUGCAACAGCGUGAAAACGGAGGGAAAGGAGAGAAAGGGUGAUUGGAAAAAGAAAGAGUGUUACAGAUGCCACGGAAAGCAACACAGUGCUGCCGAGUGUAAAUUUAAAGAAGCAAAGUGUCACGCUUGUGGAAAAGUAGGGCACAUCGCCAAAGCUUGUCGAAAUAAAAAUAAAGGGAGCUCGCGCACAGAUGAAAAGAAACCAAUCAGAGAAGAGCGGCGCGCACGCCCACAGAAAGCACACAAGGUGCGUGAGAGGGAAAAGGAUGAUAGUUCAUCAGAGCAGGAAGAAACAUACUUGUUAGCUUGCAUUAAAACAGAAACCUCAAUCAGGAGAGUUAAGCCAUUUGAAGUAAAAAUGGAAGUGAACAGGAAGAAAGUAAACUUUGAGAUUGACACUGGAUGUAAUGUGAGUGUAAUGAAUGAAACAAAAUUCAAUGAAAUGUGGGAAGAGAACAAGCGCCCACAACUGAAAGAAACCAAGCUUACACUGAAAUCUUACACUGGAGAGAAAAUUAAAGUUGUAGGAGUAGCAGAUGUGGAAGUGAUCUAUGGCCAGCAAGUGAAAACAUUGCCCCUAGUGGUAGUGAAGGGUACUGGACCUAGUUUGCUAGGAAGAGCAUGGCUGGAAACACUGAAGCUGAAGUGGGAUGAAAUUAAACAUGUGAGAACAGAGGCACAAGGGCUACAGCAAGUACUUUCAAAGCACGAAGAUGUUUUUAAAGAAGAGUUAGGCAUGUUAAAAGGCAUGAAAGCAACAAUUCGAGUGUCAGCUGAAGCUAGUCCCAAGUUCUACAGACCCCGCUCAGUUCCGUAUGCCAUGAGAGCAAAAGUUGAAGAGGAGCUUGAGAGACUGCAGAGAGAGGGCAUCAUAACACCAGUAAAGUAUGCUGAGUGGGCUGCACCCAUCGUACCUGUCCUGAAGCCGGAUGGCUCUGUCAGGAUCUGCGGCGAUUAUAAAUUAACAGUCAACAAUGCCUCAUCUCUAGAGCAAUACCCCAUUCCCCGAGUGGAAGAUUUGUUCAAUACACUAGCAGGAGGGAAACAGUAUUCCAAGUUAGAUUUAAGUCAUGCUUAUCAGCAGAUUGUGAUGGAUGAAGAGUCCAAGAAAUACUUAACAGUUAACACACAUCGUGGCCUGUUCACCUACAAUAGGCUUGCCUUUGGAGUGUCAUCUGCUCCAGCAAUUUUCCAGAGAACCAUGGAAAGCUUGCUACAGGGCUUGCCUAGAGUAGCGGUGUAUUUAGAUGACAUCCUUUUGACUGGGAAAGAUGAAGCUGAGCAUCUAAGCACGCUGGAUGAGGUACUGAGGAGAUUGAAGGAAGCCGGAUUGCGACUUCACAGACGCAAGUGUGCAUUCCUAAGGAACGAGGUGGAGUAUUUAGGUCACAUUAUCAAUGCGGAAGGCCUGCACCCAGUGCAAAGCAAGGUGAGAGCGAUUGAAGAGGCUCCACAGCCAACCACAGUGACUGAAUUGAAAGCCUACCUUGGUCUACUGAAUUACUAUAACAAGUUUCUCCCUAACCUAGCCACACGCUUAGCUCCACUCCACCAGUUACUGAGAAAAGAGUCCCAGUGGACCUGGAACAAAGAGCAGGAGGAUGCUUUUCGACUGUCAAAGCAGAUGCUGAAAUCAGCCAAAGUCCUGAGUCACUAUUCAGCAGACAGAGAAUUGGUACUCGCAUGCGACGCCUCACCAUACGGAGUAGGUGCCGUAUUGUCCCAUAUCAUGGAAGAUGGCAGUGAGAAACCCCUAGGUUUUAUGUCACGCACGCUGACACCAGCCGAGAAACGAUACUCGCAACUGGAUAAAGAGGGCUUAGCCAUCAUGUUCGGAAUAAAAAGAUUCCACAAAUACAUCUACGGACGAAUGUUCACAAUCAGCACUGACCACAAACCGCUGAUAUCGCUUUUCCAUGAGAAGAAGCCAGUUCCUCAAAUGUGUUCGCCGAGAGUGCAACGGUGGGCAACCUUGCUACGAGCGUAUGAAUACAAAAUCCUUUACAAACCAGGAAAAGACCAUGGAAACGCAGAUGGACUGAGCAGGUUGCCUCUGCCACACACAGAGGAAGAGGAUGACAACGAACAAGUCCUUAUGCUGGAUGUGAUGGAAGAUCCGCCUAUCACCACAGCUCAGGUGAAACAGUGGACAGCCAAAGACCAGACACUGUCACAAGUGUUACUCUGGUGCAUGAAAGGAUGGCCAAAGGUGGUGGAUACAGAAUUCAGACCCUACAGUAAGAGAAAGCUAGAACUGAGUGUGAAAGAUGGAUGUGUUCUAUGGGGGUCGAGAGUUGUGAUUCCGAAGAAAGGAAGGAAAAUCAUACUGAAACAACUGCAUUCCACACACCCAGGCAUGUCCAGGAUGAAAGGCUUAGCACGCUCAUACGUGUGGUGGCCAGGAAUGGAUUCUGAAGUUGAGGGGGAAGUUCAGUCCUGCCUCACCUGUGGAGAAAACAUGAAGUGUCCUGCAGGGGCGCCGCUUCAUCCUUGGGAGUGGCCUGAAACGCCCUGGAGCAGACUGCAUAUCGAUUAUGCAGGUCCCUUCCUUGGAAAGAUGUUCCUGAUCAUUGUCGAUGCACAUUCCAAAUGGAUUGAUGUAUACCAAACAAACAGUGCAACAAGUCAGGUGACUAUUGAGAAGCUAAGACAGUGCUUUAGUACACAUGGUCUACCCCAGACUUUAGUAUCUGACAACGGAACAUGCUUUACAAGCCAAGAGUUUGAGACAUUCCUGAAGCAGAAUGGAAUACAGCACAAAACAUCCGCACCUUUCCACCCCGCCUCCAACGGUCUCGCGGAAAGAGCUGUUCAGACAUUCAAACAGGGAAUCAAGAAAAUUAAAGGAGAUACACUGGAAACAAAAAUAGCCAGAUUUCUGUUCAACUACAGAAUUACACCACAAAGUACAACUGGCUUGUCUCCCGCUGAAAUGCUCAUGCAGAGAAGACUUCGUUCCACACUUGAUCUUCUGCUGCCUGAUGUGAAGUCAAAGAUUCGUAAGAAACAACUCAAACAAAAAGAACAUCAUGACGCACACAGCAAGUGGAGAAGUUUUGCAUCUGGAGAUGAUGUAUACGUGCGUAACUACAGCCAUGGUCCCAAGUGGAUACCAGCAGUAGUCGAUGAGAACACUGGACCUGUAUCUUAUACAGUACAGACAGGAGAUGGACGCGUGAUGAGACGUCACGUCGACCAGAUUCGCAAGCGUCACGCAUCAUCAACUGACAUGUCCAGUCCUGAGGAGAGAGGAGAGCCUGACAGCCUGCAGUUGCCAGCGCCAGCAGUGGAGUUCGUGCCUGCAGACCCGGUCGUUCCAACUUCAGUAGGAGGGGAAGUGACUGAGCAGCCUGCUGAGUCAGCCCAGGUUCCUCCUCCAGCUGAACAUUUGCCAGAGACAGGAGUUCAACAGACACCUGUGCUGCGUAGAUCUGCGCGCACCAGACAGGCUCCUGCUCAUCUGAGAGACUUUACAAGUUAGAAGUGUAAUCCCUCAAGAAAGAGUCAGAAUACGCUCUGGGAUAUACACUGGAAGGCUUGGCAGUCUACCCAACCUUCCUAGUUAGAAGAAAAAAAAAACAAAAAAACAUUGUAAACAAACAUUGCCAUAAGAGUUUUUUUAGUUAAUUGUUUGCAUUUGAACUUUAACCUUUAAGAGAAGUAAAGUAACAGAGUUAAAUUAUUUUAAGAAAUUCUAAGUUGUUAUUGAAAUUGAGUAUAUAUGUAAUUUCACUACCCCCACGCCACAAGAAGGAUAACCUACCCAUUGUCUACCUAUAGAAUACAUAUAGACCGGAACAUAAGGUAACUGAUUAGUCAUGGAUUAGACAUUAGACA